UGAGCGUAAACUUUGGACGUGCGGAAAAGUGGCAGCGGGACGUAAUGGGACGCGCGUGAGGAAACGACAGGGAUCGAUCACUCGAAACUGGGUGUGAAGGAUGGCCUCAUGCGCCGAGAUCUGCGGGACUGAGCAGUCGGAGCGGCACGCUCAGAAGCCCACGGAGUCCGGUUGCCACCGGUACGGCGUGCGAUCGUACCUACACCACUUCUACGAGGAGUGCACGGCAACGGUGUGGGAGCGCCACACAGAUUUUCAGACCCAGAGAUCGCCGCGCUGGUGGAGCUCGGGCCUCUGGAAGGUCUCUCUUGUGUUUGGCACUGUGGUGUUGGCAGUCGGCAUGGUGGUGUUUGUGGUGGGCUGCACGAUCCCCUCCCGCAUUGAGGCGUUUGGCGAGGGCGAGCUGCUGUUUGUGGACCGGCAGGCCGUCCGCUUCAACCAGGGGCUCCAGGCGAGCAUUCAGGCCGGGGCCGGGAUGCUCUGCCUGGGGGGCUUGGUGGUGGCUGGCAGCCUCUUCGUGUCUGCCUUCUCCCGGGGCUCCGGCAAGGACGAGACGCAGAGCACUCCGCCCAAAGACAGGGGCAGGGAGAGGAAGAGAGGAACCAGAGGAGGAGGGAAGGUGCCCUCUGACCCAGUCACCAAGCCCCCUACCCCCAUUUCGGGCGAGACAGGAGUGCCCGUCACCCUGUCGAAAGUAGAAAACAUCCAGCCCCCGUCAGAAGAUCCUCCCCCCUCUCCAUCUCACUAGCAGUGUUUCAUAGUCUCACAGUGAAUUGUCUUAACGUGUGCCUGCUGUGUGAUACAGUGGAUGAACAACAGGGAAUUGUGGACUUGAGUUUGAACAGGCGAGAAAGCGAGCCUUUAUCUGGUGGCCAGUGUUCUGUUGUACUGAUUGCUUAUGUCUUUUGUCGUUCAUUAAUUCACAAGGAACGUUGGUUGCUGUUUAGCCUUAUGGGAAAUGUUCUGCGGAAGAGAUAAGUUAUUGUUUUCAUUUCAGAUUCAGAACAAACCAAAACACUUUAUUGCAGAAGAAAAGAACAGACUGUAACAGACUUCCCUAAGGGAAUCUGAACAGAUCGCUCUCUCUCUUUCUCUCUCUCUCUCUCUCUUUCUUUCUCUCUCUCUUUGCCAUCAAUUCAAAGCACACUUAACUUGCACUCCUGGUUACUUGGCAACUACACAAUGCAUCUUACAGUAUAUCCCACUUUUACAAGUGGAGAAAAAUAUUCAUAUGGAUAUUAUCGUCAGACUUCACCUUCACUGCCAUCUUAAAGCACUUAGUUAAAACAGAGGCGUUCAACUCCAACUCCACAACAGACCACAGUAGAUUCGCUCCGUAAGAAAGGGGUUGUGUUUUUCCAUGUCUGUGACAUUGCAGUUGUUAAUGUCCUUGUCCCUGGUUAUCCAGAAAAGUGUGGUAAUUGAUGAUUGAUCCCUUAAAAAUGUAUUAAAUGGAUAUCAGCAUUCCAAAAAUGCUA